AUGGCUUCCGAGACUGCUGACAAGGCCACCCGGCCUCGCGUCUUCUUCGACAUCUCCAUUGGCGGCAAGCCCUCCGGCCGCGUUGCCAUGGAGCUCUACUCGGACCUCGUGCCCAAGACGGCUGAAAACUUCCGCGCCCUCUGCACUGGCGAGAAGGGCAAAGGCAAAUCCGGCAAGCCGUUGCACUACAAGGGCUCCAUCUUCCACCGCGUCAUCAAGCAGUUCAUGAUUCAGGGUGGUGACUUCACCGAAGGCAACGGUACCGGUGGCGAGUCCAUCUAUGGCGCCAAGUUUGACGACGAGGAUUUCCCCAAGAAGCACGACCGUCCUUUCCUCCUAUCCAUGGCCAACUCUGGUCCUAACACAAACGGCUCUCAGUUCUUCAUCACGACCGUCCAAACCCCCCAUCUCGAUAACAAGCACGUCGUCUUCGGUGAGGUCCUGAGCGGCAAGUCCAUUGUCCGCCAGAUCGAGAACCUACACACCUCGUCCGGCGACAAGCCCGAGAAGGAGGUCGUCAUCGCCGACUGUGGUGAGCUCCAGGGCGACGAGGCCCUUGCCGCCGACGUCAAGGUGCCCGACGCCACCGGCGACCCCUACGAGGACUUCCCCGACGACUUCCCCGCCGAGCAGCAGCCCCUGCCUGCCGCCAAGAUUCUGGAGAUCGCUACCGCUUGCAAGGACUUUGGCAACAAGGCCUUCAAGGCCGGCGACCUGCACCUCGGUCUAGAAAAGUACGAAAAGGGCCUGCGGUACCUCAACGAGGACCCGGACCUGGACGGCGAGCCAGACACCACCCAGCCGGCUCUCACGGCCCUCCGCUUCUCCCUCAACAACAACAGCGCCCUGCUGAGCAUGAAGCUGAAGAGCUGGGCCGAGUGCGCGCGCAGCGCAUCGGCAGCGCUGGCGGCUGCGUCCGCCGCCAAGGACGCAGAUCGCGCCAAGGCCCUCUACCGCCGCGGCGUUGCCAACGUCAACCUCAAGGACGAGGAGGCCGCCAUCAAGGACCUCGAGGAGGCACACAAGCUGGCCCCCAACGAUGCUUUGAUUGUGAGCGAGCUGAAUGCUGUCAAGACCAAGGCGUCGGCGCGCGCCGCCAAGGAGAAGGCCGCCUAUAAGAAGUUCUUCCAGUAG